ACUGAACAAUUAAAAAUUUAUUUUGAUAUUUACAAAUGUCGAAGACAUAAUUUAUUUUGUAAAAAAAACUAUGAUUUAGCAACUGUUUAGAAUUAUUUGACUUAAAUGUGUAAAUGACCAAUAAGGAUGCAGAUCAUACUCAACAAUCAAAAUCGUACUUGGUUUAAUAACAUAGAUAUGCCAUGUUUCGUGUCUGGAUAAUUUUAUUGAAGUAAUAUUUUUAUGAGGACAACAACUAUCCCGAUGCCUUUAUGCAUCAGAAUUUAUAAGACAACAUGUAUGACAUGUUGUCGGAAUUCAGAGUAUCAGAAUUCGAUUCAUUUGUGGAUAUAUUAAGAUUGACUCCAAUUGACCCUUUAGAUACUUUUGGUGAGAUGUGGUAUCCUGUGUUUCUUUGGUCCUUGUGCUCCUCUGUUUUUGUCCACACGUGUGCCGCGUUAGUUGCGUUCGGAACAUUAAGAAAACAUAAAUAUGGAAAAUUCUUCCCUGUGCUUCUAAUAGUGAUGGGAGUAAUGAGCCCGGUUACCUCAGGGGUUGCAAGUAGUGCAGCUAUUGCCUUUAUCUACAGGGCAGCUAAUUUAACUAUGCCACCAAUACAUGCAAUGAUUUGGGGAAUUGGACAGACAAUUUUAGGGGCAGGAAUUGGUUUCACUAGAAUAUUAGCUACAUUGUAGUAGGCAUUCAUUACUUUGUGUACAUUUAAGCUAUGUCAAUUAUAAAUAAAAUAAUUCUUUUGUAGCAAAUAUAAAGAGGAAUGGUGCUAAUUAGUAUGUUCCAGUAUAAUUAGCAUGUUCAUAUUAUAUGGUGUGGUAGAUUAAAUACUCAUUAAAUGUGACUUUAAUAAAUGAUAAGUGUGUUAUUAUACUGUAUAGUACAUUACCUGAACAUAGGCUUAUUAUAUUCUUUUACAUUGUCUAGUGUAAAAAGCUCAUUUCAUUCCUUUUGUACAAGAUGUAUAGCAUUCCAUAAGCAAAUGAAAUAUCCUUGAUCACUGGCCUAGUAAUUUAAUUCCCACCGAUUAACCAAGAUAUGUAAAUUUUAUACUAAAUUUGUAACUCUCAUGACUAUUUGUACUUAAAUCACAUUUGACCCUUAUAGUUUUGUAGAUAUGAUUUGGUAAUAUUAUAAUAGAUGUAUGUAGUAUAUUCUCUUUCUCAACUGUUUCUAUUAACUUUUGUAACAUGGAUAAAACUAAAUUAAUAUAUAAUAAUUAUAGAUAUUCACUUUGUAAUAUAUGUAAUUAUAUUAUUUAUAAUGGUGAUGUAUAAACUUUGAUAUAUAAGCUAAUAAAGUUUUAUAAAAAUAUCUGU